AUGGCCGACCAAGAGGACCUUCAACAACAAAUGAAACUACUCCAGGAGCAGAUUUGGACCCAGCAGGAACUGAUUCAAAGGCAACAGCAGCAGAUUCAGCAACAGCAGCACCAACUCGAUGGUCCCGUGCAACAGAACCCUGCUAACGCCAACACAACACCGCCCGGCGUCUGCCGUGUGGCCGUCAAACUUCCGCCGUUUUGGGCGGACUCGCCUGAGGUAUGGUUCGCACAACUCGAGGCGCAGUUCUCCUUGGCGCGCAUCACCCAAGACCGAACGCGCUACGAUUAUGUCGUCGCCAACUUGGACAGCCGCUACGCCAACGAGAUACGGGAUAUCCUCGACAAUCUACCAGCGGCCAACCUUUAUCAACAUCUGAAAACUGAACUCAACCGCCGCCUGUCACUAUCGGAAGACCAGAAGGUCCGUCAACUUAUUCAGUCCGCAGAACUCGCCGAGCGCAAGCCAUCACAGUUCCUCCGCCACAUGCAAGUCCACGAUUUUUUCCUGCGGACACUAUGGCUCCAACGACUACCACCACACGUCCAGGCCAUUCUGCAGGCUCAACCUACACUACCUCUAGACCAACUUGCCGAAAUUGCUGACCGCGUCAUCGAGGACAAUGUACCGCCGCUGUCGCCCACCGUCCACGCCGUCGAAGCAGCGCUGGACACCACAGAGCUCGCGCACCGAAUCGACGAUAUCACGCGGCAGCUCAGCUCCAUUCAACGACGCCUGGAUCAAAGUCCUCCGACGCGCCCCCGUUACCGCUCACAGAGCCCCGAUGCUACUACCAUCGGCGCUUCGGGGACAGAGCCCGACAAUGCCGACCACCCUGUUCCGCCGGACAUCAGGGAAACGCCAACGGCAGCUUGUGGACGCGGCUACGAGCUGUCAACCCGCAGGCCGCCGCAUCUUCGUCACCGAUCAAAUCACAAAGCAGCGGUUCCUUGUCCACUGUGGCUCUGA